AGGCGUUGCUGCAUACGCUAUCGACAGAUGGAACGGUACCAUCGAAACCGAACGAAGGCCGCUACACCGCUGAGCAGGUACAGAAGCUAUCGAAUAAGCUCGAAGAAAUCAUGGGCGAUGCGAGCAUUGCCAACGAUCAAAGGCAAAUUGGCGACGGGCAAAUGGUGAACGAAGAAGGCCUACCCAUCGUCGAUAUCUCUGAGCCGGUCUCAGAGGACACCUUCCUUACGCCAGUCCCGCGUGUUACGAACACAACAGACAGGCUUCAGAGUUCAGUCACUCUCACCGAAGAACCACCUCUUGUCCCGCUGUCGUCCUUGCCCGCGGUGGAACACGAGCGCCUGCGAGACCAGCGCAGCAGAAUUCUCGACAUCCUCGAAGAAGAGGAACGGGAGCACGAGGCGAAUGAAGAAGCACGACAGGAGCAGAAGCGAAAGGAAGCGCUCGAACGACGGAAGAAAGAAGCCAGUGAUGAGCUCGAUAAGCUCAGGGCGCAACGAGAGUUGCAGAAGAAAAUGGGAAAGGCGUUAUUGAAGAACAUGGCGGAUGCGAGGGAGCGUGAGGAGAAGAUGCGAAGGCAACAAGAAGCGGACGACGCACAAACCCUGCGCGACAAGGAGAAAGUCAACGCGCUCAAGCCGAGGAAGAGCGUGUCGUUUGCUGCGCUACCCAAGGGGACGACCGGCGACCAUGACAUACCCAUCGACAGCGCUUCAAAGAAGAAGACAUCAGCGACACCGACAAUGAAGAUUGACGUUGUUGAGCGAUUCCCGGGCAAGAUCUCCUCAGGGCCCGGCACGCCAGUCCCCAAGUCGGCCUUUGACCGCAUACCCGAUUCCGACGAUGAAUCUGAACUUGAAUCCCCCGUGGCCCACGGAACUGCCCGCAACCAAGAUCAUCUUGCUGAGGAAGAUUCAGACGAGAGUGGUAGACAUGUGCCCCACUCGUCCAGCGAUGAUGAUGGAGGAAUGGAGUCGGACGGUGACAUGGAGGAGUUCGACCCCGACUUCGACCGCAUACAGCAUCAACGUGAAAUCGCGCUCGCGUACUACGAAAAGCGCAAUGCCAUUGGUGUCGAUGCGCAUAGCGCAAUGACAUCGCACAAGCACGAAGCAGACGAAGGUCUAGGUUCUGAACAUCCUUGGGAUCAACCGGAGGUGCCGCUCGAUGCCACUCUUGCCGGACCGCCCCCAAAACCAGCUGUAUCGCGCUUCAGAGCGGACCGGCAUCCUGAAAUGGCAGCACAACCGUCAACAUUUAUUUCCACGUCCCUUGGCGCAUCUAUCCUGCCAGAGUCCGAGGGGUCAAUGUUACAAAACGCGAUCCACCGCGGCAAACUCGUGGACGACGAUCUCGUGGCUUACGAUAGUGAAGACGAGGACGACGAUCCCGCGGUGCGAGAAUUGCUCAAUGCACUAGUCAGGGGCGAAGUACAAAACACGGGACCUGGGCCUCAAGGUCCGCAGGUUAAAGCAGACAAUAAACGGAGCGCAGAACCCGCACAGAAGGCGUCGAGAUUCAAGGCGACACAAGAUCCCUCAGUCUCCCGAACUGCCCGCUCACCAAAUAACAUGCCUAUUACCGCCGCGUACACCACCGAGCCAAAUAAUUCGAUUUCGACAAAUGUUUCUGAGCGACGAGCACCACAGGUCAGGAGUUCACCCAGCGCGUCUACCACGCCACGGAAGGAGGCCUCAUUUUCGCCGAAGACUACCCCUGCCCCGCCCAAAGCUACACCCAGGCUCGCGAGAACGUCCGUGAACGGCUCCUCGUCAGGUUUCACUUCCAUGGUGCUCGAAUCGCCGUCGUUUCAACCGCCAGCGCCGCACUCAUCGCCCUCGCAGUCUCUUCGGCAGGCUGAAUCAGCUCCAACAACUGGGGAAAUGCCAGGGAACAUCGUCAUUUCGCCCUCAUAUCCGCCGACGAACCGACCCCAACGACCACCCACUGUCAUGUCCGCUGCUGUGCUCGAGCGUACAGUGAGUGCAACAAAGGCCAGUGCGGAUGAAGAACCAAAACGAGAGAAAAAAGUUUCCCGAUUUCGGAUGGAGAGGGUAUAACAGAUCCUUUCCCGGGGUUGCGGAGGCUUCUGUGUACCAUGUAGUACUUUUACUCGCUGGGUUGAUCCAUUGUAAC